AUGUUGUCGUCCUCGGCGAUGCCGCCGGUGUCGCCACGGGAGCACGUGGAGAGGAUCCGGCGUCAGCGCUACUUCAUCGGGCGUGAGGAGCGGAAUCCGCUGGCGGAGGACAUGCACCAGGCCGUCAACUACCUCAGCCAGGAGCUCUACAGCAAGGAUGUCCAUUUCCUCAUGGAGCUCAUCCAGAAUGCUGAGGACAAUGAUUAUCCUUCUGGGGUGUUACCAGCUUUGGAGUUUGUAAUCACAUCGAAGGAUAUCACCUGUAGUGGAGCAACUGCAACCCUCUUGGUAUUCAAUAAUGAGAAUGGUUUUACUCCAGCAAACAUUGAAUCCAUUUCUAGAAUUGGCAAAUCGACCAAAAAGUCUAACAGAGGUAGUGGUUAUAUUGGGGAAAAAGGUAUUGGUUUCAAAAGUGUGUUUCUGGUAUCCAAGAAUCCCCAUAUAUUUAGCAAUGGGUAUCAAAUUAAAUUUAGUGAAGAUCCUUCAGUAGACUGUGGUAUUGGGUAUAUUGUUCCUGAAUGGGUUGAAGAUUGUCCAAGUAUUGCAGACAUAAUGAACAUAUAUGGUUGUCUGAAAAGCCUCCCAACCACAACUAUUAUAUUACCUCUGAAAAGUGAUAAAAUAGAUGCUGUGAAAAAGGAGCUCUCCGGCACGCACCCUGAAGUACUAUUAUUCCUUUCCAAGAUUAGACAAAUUUCCGUGAGGGAGAUUAAUGAUGACCUGAAUGCUACUAGUCUUAGUCAAAUUUCUAUAUCAAGUGAAGCUGAUGCUUUAACUAGGAAGCAAAUUGGUGCAGAGUCAUAUACUCUUCACUUAUCAGCUUUGGAGAACAAGACAGGUGAGCGUCAAUGCAGCUACUACAUCUGGAAGCAGCAUUUUCCUGUGAAACCAGAAUGCCGUGUACAAAAGAGAGAAGGAAUUGAUCAGUGGGUUGUCAUGCUAGCAUUCCCCCAUGGUCAGAGAUUGAGCCAGGCGAUGGGAUCACCUGGUGUUUAUGCAUUCUUGCCAACUGAAAUGGCAACAAACUUUCCUUUCAUUAUCCAGGCUGAUUUCUUGCUGUCAUCAUCUAGAGAAUCAAUCCUGCUUGACAGCCAGUGGAACCAAGGGAUACUAGAAUGUGUAUCUUCUGCUUUUGUAAAUGCUUUCCUGGUAUUACUGAAGUCAAUAGAAAGUGCUCCAGCAUUUGCUCUUCCACCUAUUUUCAAAUUUCUGCCACUUAAUCACUCUUCCAUAGUGCUGAUAGAUUCUGUCCGGCUAUCUAUAAGAAAUAAGCUGAUCGGUGUGGAUAUAAUUCCGUGUGAGACCUGUUCUUCACUAAAAGUAUUCCGUAAGCCUACAGAGGUUUUCCGGAUAGAGUCUGCAUUCUGGAGCAUCAUAAACAGGGCAGUGAAGAUGGGAGUUGAUGUUCCCAACAUUUCAUCGCAUGGUACUCAUAUUCUGAAUUCCUACUUUGACAGCGAAGUAUAUGAUGAUGAGUUGGGAUUUCUUGGUAUUGGUUAUGUUGAUUCUGAGUGGUACGGAAAGUGUAUUCAGGGUUCAGAUCUUGUGGCACUGCUGCCUGAAGACAUUUAUUUUGAUCUUCUCACUUUUGUUGCUCAGAACUGGAAGGCUAAGUUUGAUAGCACAAAGAUGGAGAAAAUACCACUUGUGAAGUGUGUCGGCAGAGGUGGUCUACUAACUUACAUGAGUGUGUAUGAAGCCACAAAGGGCGAUGAGAGACUAUGCAUGCUAUCUGAUGAGGAAUGUGUACCAUUGAUCAUUAACUGGAAUACUGAAUUCUCAACAGCGUCUCGGACACUCUUUAUGCCACUGUCUACUCAGAAAGCACUGGGUCUGUUUCCGAAGAAAACAACUGUAAUGGAAUGGCUUGAGAAGUAUGUAGGAGUGAAGAGUCUGACCCUACAUGAGUAUGCUCUCGUUGUUGUUAAAGCUUUGCAUGAGAAAAACAUGGUUCUUUCUUUUACUCGAUUCAUAUAUCACUUGCAUUCAGAGAAUUUAAUGCCAGAAUGGAAUGUAAAGCAUAUAUGCAAUUUAAUGCCCAUAGUUGACAAUUGUGGUUGUGUCGUUGCUGCAAGAAGCACGGUUCUUGUUCCAUCUAAAGGAAGUAAGUGGGCUGCAUUGUUGGGCGAAAAUCCAUGGAAGGCACAAAACUAUGUAGAACUUGGAGAUGAUUACAUCUAUGCUAGAAAUUCCUCUGGGGAGCAUACAUGUGAUGAUCAGUUUUUAUCAUUUAUAAGGACAUUUAUACAUGGCACUGAUGUGCCUUUUCUGCUUCCCCCUGAUGCUGGUUUUCCUGUUGCGUCAUCUUCAUUAACUACAGAGAAAGCACUUCUCCUUCUGGAAUGGAUUGAGAAUUUAAGGACAAGGGGUAUAUGUAUACCUAAAAAAUUCUUAAGUUGCAUCAAGUAUGGGAAUUGGCUCAAGACAUCUGUUGGCUACCGUUCACCAGCAGAUUCGUUCUGUUCAAAUGCAGAAUGGGGUUGCUUGUUUCAGGAUAGAGUUGCCUUUGCUGAUGUGCCAAUGAUUGAUCAAGAAUAUUACCUGGGCAAUAUUAUUGAUUUCAAGGAAGUAUUGGGAACACUAGGUGUGAGGUUUGAAUUUGCUGAAGUGAUGUCAUACAUAGGCAAUCAUUGUUUCAUGUCAAUGGUAACAGGUACUCCAACGGGUGACAUGGUGUUAUCACUGCUCUGUUUCAUCAGAUUCCUUGAACAGGAACACAUACAGUCUGAUCAUCUCAUUGAGACCGUCAGAGGCGGCAAUUGGCUGAAGACUUGCUCUGGGUACAGAUCCCCAGUCGGAUCAGUUCUUUUCAGUUCUGAAUGGACAGUACCAUCUGAAAUAAGCAGUUUACCUUUUGUUGACAUCGAUUUCUAUGGCCCUGAAAUCAGUGAUUACAAGUCAGAGCUUGAGAAACUAGGAGUUCAUGUCACAUUAAAAAAGAAUUACAAUAUCAUUGUUGAUAACUUCAAGAUUCCAACAGGUCCAGUUACUUCUGGUGCUGCUACGCUAUUAUUGAAAUGUAUCAGAUAUGCCGACUCAUGCAGGAACCUGGUGAAGGUACUAAAGAAUCGACAAUGGUCGAAGACUAAUGCUGGAUUUAGAGCUCCUCGGGAAACAUUUAUCCUCGAUCCAGAGUGGAAAUGCCUUUUAAAAUUUGCUGAUGCAGUUCCACUACUCGAUUUGUCGUUCUAUUCUAAUGAAAUCCUAACCUACCGGGACGAACUGAUGAAGAUAGGUGUCGUACUUAGUUUGGAGCAGGCAAGCAAUUCCAUAACCAAUUAUCUGAAGCAACUCUUGUCAACAUCUUCCCUUACAAAGGAAAUUAGACUUGCUCUGCUCUCAUGCUACAAGGAUCUGAGGGAUGAGCACAAAACAUUCCCUGCAGAUAUUCUCAAAUUUAUGCAAAAACAGAAGUGGCUGAAUACUACACAAGGUUUCAGGACUCCAGACAAAUGUGUGCUCUUUGAUUCUUCAUGGGAACCAUUGAUGGCAGUUGCAAGACUACCGUUCAUUGAUGACAGUGACUCGAGCAAUGGCGUGGGGAAGGAAAUAUACAGCUAUAAGAAGGAGCUCAAGGCCUUGGGUGUUAUUGUAGGUUUUAACCAGGGAGCAGACUUCAUCUUAUCAUGCCUAUCUACGGCAGAGAAACCUCAAAUGCACAUGCCCAAUGUUGUUAACCGUUACACUGGGAUGAUUGUCAGUGACUCUGGGAUCACCAGUGAGAGCACCGAACAGAAUGUAGUACCCUUGUCUGUUGCUGACUGCCCACCUUUACUUGUGAGCUCAACUCUUGAAUCUUUGUUGAAAUGCAUGCAGACAUGCACCGAUCCCAGAAACUUUGCAGCACAAAUUAGAAACAUGCAAAUGAAAACAACUCUUGGAUACAGGUAUGCAGAUCAAUGUAUCCUUUAUGACUUGGCAUGGUCUUCAUAUCUCCGCAGGGAAGAUGGUCCUUUCAUCGAUGAAGCAUUCUAUGGAUCUGAAAUAUUGUCAUACAAGACUGAGCUAAGACUGAUCGGAGUUGUUGUGGACAUUGGCUACGGAUGCACUCUGUUGGAACAGGACUUGAAGCACUUUUUGAGAGUGGAUACCAUAACCAGGAUCUACAAAUACUUUGCAGCAUUUAAAUGGGAUCCUAGAAAUAAAGGUCAAAGCUGGAUUUGGAUACCCAAUGGAAGCAGCAGUGGCCACUGGGUGCGCCCUGCAGAUUGUGUUCUUCAUGACAGGAACGGCCUGUUUAGUACGCGCUUCUCAGUCUUGGACAAGUACUAUGAAAAGGAUUUGCUUGGAUUCUUCUCCACUCUUGGUGUCAGGCACAACCCAAGAGUUUUAGAUCACUGCAUUCUGUGGCGCUCUUGGGAGUGCACAUGUUCUGAGCUCACACCAGCUAGAUGUUCAUUUUUCUGGGAAUUCAUUGGAAACCGUUGGAAUGCGACAACAGCAAAGCUCCUUUCAGGGUCUGUCACAAGAGUCCCUGUUCUAUCCUGUGGCAAGAUCAUCCUGCGGGAGGUGGAAGAUGUCUUUGUUCCAGAUGAUCUCCUCCUGAAGCAUUUGUUUGAUCAGUUUUCUUCAGAGCCACUAUUUGUUUGGUAUCCUUCUGGGAUAUCAUUCACUGCUCGAGCUAAGAUGGACACUAUCUACCAGAGCCUCGGUGUUCGAGCAAUCUCCAAGUCUGUCACAAAAGUUGAAUCCUGUGAUUUGAACAUGCAUCACUACCAGGUAGUUGAGGCAAGAGAUGCUUUUGUAUCACCAGGCUUGCUCAGAAUAAUCCUAGCUUUCCUUACCAACCCCGUUCUUGAGAACGGUGCUGACAAGAGGCACCAAAUGGCUUCUUACCUACUGGGCAUGAAGAUCUUUGAUAUGACCGAACCAAUUAGUGUGAGCUACAACGUAAAGACAUCAUUGGGAAGAACUGUGACAGUUAAAGGACGGAGGAUAUUCAGGUGGGAUAGGGAGAACCGCAAGUUGUACAAGCAGAGGUCUGAUGGGCCACAUGGAAGGAUAACUAGGAUGGAGAUGGCGACAAGCUUUGGCGAGGAGAUCUCUCAAGGGCUGCUGUAUGAAAGAGUUGAUCUGAUUCCGACUCUCACCGAUCUUCUCAAGGUUGGAUUCUUGGUUGAUUUUGACGAGGAUGAGGUUGAGUUCCUGCUCAGGACCAAGAAUCUCCAGCUUUUUUCAGAGGAUGAAGAUUUUAUCAUGGGUUCAUUCUCUUCUCACUGA